GCGAGAUUGGCUCAGUUGCCCGAAACGUCGCCUCAUGUACAUUCGUUCCCCUUUCAUGUCACGCGCACUACAGUGCUAUUGACGAACCCGUUGAGGGGGCGGGGGGAACCCCUCUCAACGCGUCAAGUGGUUCCGGUGCCGUUGUUUCCACCCGGACCGAGUUAAGGCGCGACACGAGCGGAAGCACGUGCGCGCGGGGCCGUGUUUACACGUGCGUCGAGCUGGAACCCGCGCACUGACAGGCUCCGUGCGUUCCGACUGCACCGUGCGUGACGUCAUUUAUGGACGGCCCCGAUGUAUGACCUGGAACCGUGGCACCUGUGACCUCUGCUGCCUUGACACACUGGGGUCUGAGACCUUAGAACCUGAAGCCUCGGUGGGACCUGAGAACCUCAGACUUGGGCACGAGGAGAGACUAUGCGGAUCCUCACAGCCGCUCGGUCCGCGGGGCCCCGGGCCGCGUGGCUACUCCCCGCCGUGUCGCGCCGGCGGCUGGGAGCUCCCGGGCUCCUCACCGCUCCGUGCCGGCGCUGGGCGCGCUCACGGGCCGAGCGCACGAUCGAGGCCACGAUCGAGGCGGCGGAGGAGAAGAGCGAGCGGGACGAGACGCGGAUGAACCCUCUCAACAUCCAGAUGCUGAGCAGGAAUCUCCACGAGCAGAUCUUCAAAGGCGUAGAGGUGCGUCCGUGCGAUGCUGCUGGACUGGCAGCUGAUGUAAAACUUAAGAUGCACAGCCACCCCGAAGAGAGUGUGCAGCUCAGCAAGGCGCACCUAACCCAGCACGGUCUGUGGGGCCGUGACAGCGCCCUGCUGAAGGACGUCCACCUCCGCCUGCCUCCUCUGCUGGGCGACUCGGUGGACGGUCACUUCCGCGCCCUGGCCACGCGGCAGAGCCUGGGCUACGUGCGCGCGGCGUGCGGCCUCGUGGCGUGCUCGGCUCUGCCGGCUCUGCCGCGCGAGUGGCGCUACGAGGCCGGGUGGACGCGGUACGGCCCCGAAGGGCACGUCGAGGCCGUGCCCUUUCCCGACGAGCCGGGCCUCGUGUUCGACGUGGAGGUGUGCGUGACCGAGGGCCACUGCCCCACGCUGGCCGUCGCCUGUUCCCCCACCGCUUGGUACUCCUGGUGCAGCCGAAGGCUGGUGGAGCGCCGCUUCUCGUGGCCCCAGCAGCUCUCCCUGCAGGACCUCAUCCCGAUGGAGUCGGGCAGCGGAAGCCGCUCCUCUGCUUCCUCCUCGUCCACAUCGUCGUCGUCCUCAUCGCAAGGGGACUCAAUCGAGCGACUCGUGGUGGGACACAACGUCAGCUUCGAUCGCGCGCACGUGCGGGAGCAGUACCAGCUCGCGACGACCCGGCUGCGGUUCCUCGACACCAUGAGCCUGCACAUGGCCAUCUCGGGGCUCACGGGCUUCCAGCGCAGCCUGUGGAUGGCGAGCCGGCACGGCAAGCGGCGCGGGUUGCAGGAGGUGCAGGAGCACAUGGCGCGCACGCGGCAGAAGUUCGACGGCCCCGCGAUGGGCGCGUGGGACUGGGUGGACGUGUCCAGCAUCAACAACCUGGUGGACGUGCACGGCCUCUACGUGGGGGGCCCGGCGCUGGAGAAGGAGGAGCGCGACGUCUUCGUCAAGGGCAGCAUGGAGGACGUGCGCGGCAGCUUCCAGGAGCUGAUGUCGUACUGCGCGCGGGACGUGAAAGCCACGCACGAGGUGUUCUGCCAGCAGCUGCCGCUCUUCAUGAAGAGGUGCCCCCACCCGGUGACGCUGGCCGGCAUGCUGGAGAUGGGUCAGUGCUACCUGCCCGUGAACCACAACUGGGAGCGCUACGUGAGCGAGUCGCACGACACCUACCAGGAGCUGCAGCGCGAGAUGAAGCAGUCGCUCAUGAGUCUGGCCAACGAGGCGUGCGGCCUGCUGCAGGGCGAGAGGUACAAAGACGACCCGUGGUUCUGGGACCAGGACUGGUCGACACAGGAGUUCAAACUGAAGAAGGUGGCGGCUGGGAAGAAAAAAGAUAAAACAGGCAAAGCUGCUGCGAAGAAAAGCGCGCAGGACCCUGCCGCCGGUGUCGAUGCCGCCGCUGCUGCCACCGCUGCCGCCACCACGUCUGCGUCCGCGUGCGACGACGAUGAAGACCCGGGGCCGCCGAGCGAGGAGGAGGAGCAGGCCCCGCCGGCGGGGUCGCUCGCGCUGGAGAGGCUCAAGCAGCGGACGCUGCCGCUGCUCCCCAAGAGGCAGCAGUUCCUCCAAGGCCACCCCGCGUGGUACCGCAAGCUCUGCCCGCCGCCCAGCGACCCCGAGUGGAGCCCUGGCCCCUCGCUGCUGAGCCUGCAAAUGCGCCUCACGCCCAAGCUGCUGCGGCUCAGCUGGGAUGGAUUCCCGCUGCACCACACGACCCCGCACGGCUGGGGCUACCUGGUGCCCGGGCGAGGUGACCCGGGGGGGGACACGGGGAAUGGGGAGGGCGGCGGAGACGGGGCACGGGAAGGAGUGGGCGAGGUGGGCGAGCUGGGCGAGGUGGGCGAGGCGGGCGGGGAAAGCGACGUGGCGGUGGCGUUCCCCAGCAGGGCCGUCGGGGAGGUGUACCAGCGGCACUGCCGGCGGAAGGGCAAGGAGGCCCCGGCGGCACUGGACUUGGCGCUUGCCGACAAGUUCAUGCUGAGGAACAGCGACGUGUGGAAGGAGGCGGAGGAGAUGUGUCGCCUGGACCUCCUGGAAGGCAACGGUAUCGAUCCGCCGGCGAAGCCCACCGGCGCCAAACGCAAGAAAGGGGCGGCCAAGAAGGAGGGAAGCUCCACGGUGGGGACGUGCGACGCCGAGCCGGGCGACGUGGGCGAGGCGUGCUAUCACUACGGCAACGGACCAUUCAACGACGUUAACCUGCCCGGUUGCUGGUUCUUCCGUCUGCCGCACAAGGACGGCAACGACAACAAAGUGGGCAGCCCCCUGGCCAAGGACUUCCUGAGCAAGAUGGAGGACGGCACCCUGCAGGCGAGCGGCGGUGGAGCCGACGCCACGAGGGCGCUCGAGAUCAACAAAAUGAUCUCCUUCUGGCGAAACGCUCAGAAACGCAUCAGCUCGCAGAAAGUUGUGUGGCUGAAGAAAAGCGAGCUUCCCAAGACAGUGAGCAGGCACUCGGACUUUGACGACGACGGGAAGUACGGCGCCAUCCUGCCGCAGGUGGUGACGGCGGGGACGGUGACGCGCCGGGCUGUGGAGCCCACGUGGCUCACCGCCAGCAACGCGCGGGCGGACCGCGUGGGCAGCGAGCUCAAGGCUAUGGUGCAGGCGCCGCCAGGGUACCAUCUGGUGGGAGCCGACGUGGACUCGCAGGAGCUGUGGAUCGCCUCCGUGCUGGGCGACGCGCAGAUGGCCGGCAUGCACGGGUGCACGGCCUUCGGCUGGAUGACGCUGCAGGGCCGCAAGAGCGACGGCACGGACCUGCACAGCAAGACGGCGUCCACCGUGGGCAUCAGCCGCGAGCACGCCAAGGUCUUCAACUACGGCCGCAUCUACGGCGCCGGGCAGCCCUUCGCCGAGCGCCUCCUCAUGCAGUUCAACCACCGUCUCUCGCCGCAGCAGGCGGCCGAGAAGGCGCGCGCCAUGUACGCCGCCACCAAGGGCGUCCGCCGGCACCGGCUGUCGGAGGAGGGCGAGUGGCUGGUGGAGACGCUGGGCGUGCCCGUGGAGGUGAGCGAGGACGGCUUCAUCUCCAGUCAGGACCUGCGCAAGAUUCAGAGGGAGGCCUCGCGAAGGUCAAAGGGCUCCAAGUGGCGCAUCACAGACGGACGCGCCUGGUCCGGCGGCACAGAGUCGGAGAUGUUCAACAAACUGGAGAGCAUCGCCAUGUCGCCCGCGCCACGCACGCCCGUGCUGGGCGCCAGCAUCAGCCGGGCACUGGAGCCCUCGGCCGUGCAGGACGAAUUCAUCACGAGCAGGGUUAACUGGGUGGUGCAGAGCUCGGCGGUCGACUACUUGCACCUCAUGCUCGUGUGCAUGCGCUGGCUGCUGGAGGAGUACCGCAUCGAGGGUCGCUUCUGCAUCAGCAUCCACGACGAGGUGCGGUACCUGGUGGCCAGCGAGGACCGCUACCGUGCCGCCCUCGCCAUGCAGAUCACCAACCUGCUCACCCGCUGCAUGUUCGCCUACAAGCUGGGCAUGCAGGACCUUCCGCAGUCGGUGGCGUUCUUCAGCGCCGUGGACAUCGACACGUGCCUGCGCAAGGAAGUGACCAUGGACUGCGUGACGCCCUCCAACCCCACGGGCAUGCAGCGCAGAUACGGCAUCCCUCCAGGUGAAGCUCUGGACAUUUAUGAGAUCAUACAGAAGACAAACGGUUCUCUCGCCAAACCCAAAGCCAAAGAGACCAAGGACAAGGAGCAGAAACUCAGACAAACCGUCUGAGGCCAAAGCAGGAACGUGAGCAUCAUAAAUACAAGUAAUUAUUGCCUCCAAUGACUUUGCUCAUACAGUGUUACCUCGUUAUAACUAACCACUUGCAGAGUUCACUAUUAAGGCCUUCACUACAACAGCCUCAAUGACAAAUUGAACUGGGCUUUUGAAGAAACAAGAACAUUAACGCAUCAUCCCUGCACAGUGUACAUGUAUUCGCUAUACAGUCAAGCGUACUGCACAGUAUAGUGUACAGUGUAGUAGUGUACUGUAUAGUAUGUACUGUAUAGUACACUGUAAAAAAAAAACGAUUGUAUAUUUGGCGGUGCGUCUGAUUGUUAUACGCGGGGUCACAGACAUAACGUGAUCACUGUACGGAUCGGGUAUAAAUGAACACAGUAAGAUGUUUCUGCAGCUAAGUUAAUUAUAAACGGGGGAGUAUUAUACGCAUUGGUUCGCUAUCACGAUGCAAUACUGUAUGUAAAAAAACUAAAUCACUGCAACUUAAAGUGCUGGGAACAGACACAAACUUUGUUAAGUCUUCCUCUUCUUGCUGGGAGGCUUUUGGGAUUUUUCCUGCACUGAAAUAGUUGUGCUCUGGAAAACAAAAAGAUGUAAACAAAUUAUAUAAAUCUAUUUGUUCAGUCAAUUGCGAUGCCUGGAGAACAGAAAAGAGCCCCACAUAUUUGAGUGUUUUGUUGUAUUUUGUUGUGUAAAUAUCAAACACGUUUUUUCUAGCCCGUUAAUAAACUUGUUUUGCAAAUA